UCGUCUGCUUGCUUUGACAGUUUUCUUUGGGGGCUCUCGAAGCAGACGACAAUAUUUGGUUGGCCGAGGUAGGCAAAUUGAGACGUAUUCUGGCAACGAUUGAAGAAGUGUGAUAGCUUCGGAGGUUAUUGGAUUGUUGUAACGUUUUCCUAUACGAUAUAUUGGCUCACGAGAACAACCAGAAGCAAGUUUGAGGAGGCCAGCCAUCCGCUGUGAGAAGAGACAAGACAAGCUACUCUGAAUCAACAGAGUGCUGUUAGUCUGUGGAUAACAUACAGGAGAUGAGGCGAACGUGUUAUGCAAGGAACAGAGUAUUAGAAUAGACGACGCUCGUUGGGAGGAGGAUUGACAUCGACCGAGUGACACGACUUCAGACAAAGUCAGCAGGUCAUUUGUCUUGGCUUGUGUAAUUCGCAAUGGCAUAUGAGAAAUGUAUUUGAUUUGAAUACAAUCUUCUUGGUGUAAUGAAUCUCAGCGUGUAAACGAAAAAAGGCUGUUCCCUUCCUGCACGAGCAGCAUCAAACAUGUGACUGCUUGUCCUUUCCAGAGAAAACGGAUAGAUAUGACAUGUUCAUAAAUAUGAUAUUCCCUGGAAUUUUAUUCAAAUCUGUACGAUAAACGAAUUACUUUCAGGUAUGAUAGGAACUUUGACUUAUGAACAUCCGCCUAGUGGAAUUGUGCAUAAAGCUUUAUGGAAUUACCAUGUCACUGUGUAUUUUGGGAAAGACAUAGUCGGAAAAUAAGGUGUAUCUUCUAUGCUGGGAGGGAAGACGUGGCGAGUUGAAGAUGCAUGGGGUCAUUAGCUUAUCAUCUGAAGGUUUGUUUCAUGGGGAUAUUACAGAUGUGUUAAUGGAUGACGCCAAUACUCACUAAUCUCCAUUACUAGUUGUGUCGACCACACGAAGAUCAAUGACUCACUGCCAGAUACAUUUUAUGCUUCAUGGCCUGGCAAUGGGGUGUGUGAAAAAGUAGAAACUGGGGUAUUCGAUGAAGCGGACAGCUACCGUGCGAUGUUACACUUCUGCUGUGAUUUCCAUGAGCGGGGCGAGUUCUUGUCUCUGUGGCCGCCUGCCUGAGUUGAAUUGCAAAUGUGUGGCCUUUCUCUGAUCGACAGACUCUUCAAACCGCGGAGCAGACGACAUAGGUUCGUUUCUUCAGACAUGACAGACGCGGAUGUCUCUGAGAAGAUCUCACUUCAUACAAUAGAGGAGGCAGAGGACACCCCACACGAACCUCAAAUGCCAUGGCGAGAGAAGUUGGCCGAGUUUCUGAAGACGAACAAAGUGCAGUACGUCAUCAUCGCUCUUGUCGUGCUGGACAGCCUCAUCGUCGUCUUCGAGAUGCUUAUAGACCUGGAGAUCAUCGUUAUUCCGGAGAAUGGCCAAGUUGAGACUCAUGUCAAUGCAACUCAUCAUACCAAUCACACGGCUGAUUGGUACGAAAUGGGCGUCUACAAUGAGACAGAAAAUCACGGACAUUCUCGAAGAAUGACAAGAUCAACCGACCAUCAUUCUGAGGACAAAUACGUGCACAUAACGGACACGAAUGCAACAGACAAUCCUGUUUAUAUAAAUAGCAGCAACGAUACUCACCAUCAUGUUCUUCAUCAUCCUCAUCAUCACAGUAACAAAGAAAUUGUCGAACAUUCGCUCCAUUACGCUAGCUUGACAAUAUUGGCUAUAUUUGUAGUGGAGGUUAUAUGUAAAAUCAUAGCAGAAGGAACACAUUUAUUGAAACAUAAAGCUGAGGUAUUCGAUGCCAUCAUCGUUCUGGUCUCCUUUUCGAUGGACAUAGCUUUCUCCUUCGUGUCUGUGACGUCAGCUGCAAAAGACGCGGCAGGGCUCAUGGUCUUGCUCAGGUUAUGGAGAAUAACAAGAAUAAUAAACGGUGUGAUAAUGUCUGUGAAGCUGGACGCAGACAAGAAGAUCAAUGAGCAGAAGAUAGCUCGGGCCAAGGCGGAGGAGGAGGUGGGGAGACUGAAGCGUCAGGUCGAUACUCUACAUAGCGAAUUGAAGAUACUGCGGGACCGGCUGAAACAGUACGAAUCUGAUGGCGAUGUGAGGAGAGCCCCAUGUGGCAGGAUAGAAGUGGCAGCGGACAUACAGAACUGUGACGAUGGAACGUGAGAAUGCUCAUGUUAUCAUCGCUGAAAUGUACUGGUCGAAUCUGACCUUGACCUACAAUUCUAGACAUCACAGACGGAGACUCCAUACAAGGUCAACGUAUGUACAGCCAUGAAUAUGAGUAUGUGAGCGAGAGCCUAUUUUGCAGUUGUUUCGGGGCCUUUUUGACGGUGUCACUAGUUACCUGAAGCAAUCAAGUUUAGCACGGAGUAAUCAAUGUUUUACAAUAAUAUUCCACAAAGAAAGUUCCACGCGUAUAGUGUAUAACGUGGCACCAAUAUAUUGUUGUCAUCAAACGGUAUGAGCAUUCCAAGUGGGUAGGACUUUACAGGCAGUGCAUCUCAUCCACCGUUUCAAGUCGAAUGCAUAUGUUGUUGCUGUCAUUUUAUGGCUCUUCAAUGAACUUACUGAAGUCCUCAUCCAUGCAGUCGGUGUCGGAGUGACAUUCCACCUUGUUCCCCUGUUCUCCAUCUCUCUUCACAGACACAGAUUCACCAUUCAAGACAAACCUAUAUUGCUGACUUCACAUCUACUCAUGUGGCCUGUGCUUUGCUUGGCUUCACAAAAAGAUGACAUAAAAGAUUAGUUUGCCCAUUCGCAUUGUAAUAAUGGUGCCAGAUGGCUGACGCAUAGCUUCAAGUGAAUGUACACUUCAGCUGAUGCACGACUGUUGUGUUGUGGCUUCAGCAGCCCUUGGGAGGGUAAAUGUCCUGUAGAUGUAUGUAUUCUAUGGACAUCUGUACAGUGAGGACACAUGCCGAGAUGAACAACUGUAAUUCGAGGAGUAUGCUACAAUUACGAGGGUUGAUUGUUCUGAUCCACACAUUGGAGGCUUGGCAUUUUAUAGAAAAGUAUAAAUUGAUACUUCUUGAAAGGUAACAACAAGCUGUUGAAAAAAAGGAAAUUGUCUGCCACAAAACGACAUUGUUGGAAGUUGUUUUUCUGUAAAUUAUAUUCACAAAUAAGUCAUUGCCACGGAUACAUGUUUAAAAUACAUGUGUGGGUUUGAACUCCUUCAGCACCCACCUUAUCCCCCUGAUUUGGCUCCGUAGGAUUCCACAUGAAGAACGCUCCAGCCGGAACACAUUUUGAUUCGAGCGGCACCGUUGACAAAAGUGUAAGGAUGUGGAAGGGGAAUAUGUUGAAACCAACAACAUUUUAAUGUCUUUAGGUUUAGUCUUUCUAUGUGAGGCUCAGUCUCGUAUGUUUGUAAAGCCUCGGCAUACAGUGACGUACGUUAUGGUGAUAGCUUACUUGUAUAUAAAUGUAAUGCUGGACCUCUGCGGCAAGUGCAUGUACCUGUGGUCCUCACCACUUGAAAUAGAAUCACGAAAGAUCUCGAUGAUUAAUUAACGAAGAGAGCUGCAUGUGUGCUAAUGCUUAUAAAGUGAAACAAGCCAUUCCGCCCAUAAGGAAUAUUACUUGCCGUAAUGACAAAACUUGCAAAAUGCGCUAUAGCCAUUUUUCUAGCGAUAAGCAUCAACAUAAAGUUUGGAUCACUGGCUGAAUUCCGCGUUAUUUUCGGCACUCAUGUGACUCUAUUUAGACUAUAUUUAGCAACAUACGGAGCGUACGUACCUAUCGUCACCACUCGCAUAUUUCCGUAACCAACAACAAAGCUCGUCCCCCUCUCGAAGGCCGCCAUGUGCCGAAACGGCGCAAGCCAAUCUGAAUGCGCGUCAGGAUAUGAGUACUUCGAUCUAUAUAAUCCCCAGUAUUGAAAUUAAUUUUGGCAAAAUGCGUUUGUUUAAAAAAUGUGGAAAAUCGUAGAUUGUCAGUUCCACACCGCGGUGUAUACAGAUAACAGAAGUGUGAUAUAUAUAGUGAUGUUAUUACAGGGGGCUAUGUUGGAUGAUAAAUUCAAAUGUACACGUGCGUUUGUUUACAUUCAGGAAACGGCUCACUUGACUGCGACAUCCGUUUAUUUUAUUACGCGGUCUGUCCACCCAUCCAUUGAGACGCCUCCUACGACAAGCAUAGGCUACUUGGGAAUCCCCACGGGGUUAGAUUAUUAACAUCGUCUCACUAUGUUGUUAGUAUAUAUUUAGAAAUGCUUUUAUAUAUCUCCAGACAGAUAUUUAAAAAAAAUAAUUUAUAUAAAUGUGUGUAUUAUUUAAGGCCGUCCAUGAAAGGAGAGAUUCAGACGUUUCAAGCAUUGAAAAGACAAUGUCAUAUUUGUUACACUCAACUUAAUAUGUCUGAGAAAUUGUUGAAAUUAUUAUUUGAAAUUAUUUAAAUCCGAAAACCACCCUCGUCUUGUCAGUUUUCUUCAUCUAAUUUUAAUAUCUAAUUAAUAAUCUUUUGCAAAUAAAAGAUGAACGGCUUAGAAUGAGUUUUAAUGGCUUGUCAAAUAUGCUUUUGUACAAAAGAAUAUAUUUAGAUCUAUAUCAGAGAGGUUCAAUGGUCGUAUAACAGGACUAAGCGAGCGUUUAACUAGCGUCUACAUAAAAUUUACUAUGUCGCGGGAGAAAUCAGAGUUAUUGUUCUUGUUUCAAGUAGUUCUCGAGUUCGUACGCUAAUAUGGAAACCUUCAAGAGGGGCACGAGUCUUCAUUAAUUAAUCUUCGCGAUAUUUCGUGAUUCUAUUUCAAGUGACGACUAUUCCAAUGGAUAUUUCCAUGCUUUGAAUUUGAAGACGUCGUUCUGACAAACAAGUUCAUUGUGUAUAAAACGACGAAAUGCUCAGGACGCAGCUAUUACUUGUAGACAUUUCUUAUAUUUUUGGUAAAGAUGUGCGUAAUGUUUUGUCAGAGUGAUUCACUGAGCAAAAAAUUAAUUUAACACUUUAGUUCUCUGUUAGUUCACAGUUCGGUAAACGGGAAUCUUAAACUGGUACCUGUGUUCUGUUUCGCUAAGCACGUUGUGCAAGCUGUUCAAAGCAGGAGCGACAGUUGGAUACCAGUUUACGGGAAAACUCAUGUCAGAAAUAGUUGUAUAAUUGUGUAGUGUUGCUAGCUGAGAUGCAUGUACAAGUACAAGUCACAGUGUUACAAUACAAUGACGCCAGUAUGUUGUCUUGAAUGCUUCAUCCUGCAUACACAAACGCGGAAUAGUGUAAAACAUUAAUACGAAAAGAGAUAUUUAAUUUAAUAAUAAUAAAACACACCACAAAUCAAAUAACAGAAUUUUGCUUGUUCUCAUUCUAAUUAUGACUGUCAUUCACUCUUACGUGCGCGUACAGCACAUUCAUCCAUGAACACGUGUGUCGACACUGAGAGUCGGCCAGUAAACGGGUCGAUACUCUUGUCUUUGGUUUUAGCCCUUGACUUAGUGCUUAGUGUGUCAUGUUCGUACAGGUUACUAAACACUGGUAAAUAUGGAAAAUAAAUAAGAUAGUGAUGUUGAAAGAUUAACCGGUAGAUAUUGAUUUAUGUAUUAGCGGUGUUGGUGUUGGUGUUGGUGUUGGUGUUGGUGUGAAAUGAUGAGGGUGGCAACCAGAAUUAGCUUGAUUACAUCAUACUCUUCAUGCAUAUACUUGCUAUAAAACACUCAUACAUUAAUUAAGAAAUAAUUGUUACAGCUAUGUAUUAAAUUGGCAUUCGAUAAAUGUAAGUGAAUGAAAUAAAACAGGAUUUUCACCAUCAAGCAAGUUGUCUUAACUUGGUAAGGGAAGUAACUCCUGCGGGGCAGCGUUCCUGGAUGUCUAC